UCGCACGCUGCGGCCACGGUCAAGGAGCGACGCGUGACGAAGCGGGCCACGGUGUCGUUCGAGAUGUGCAACCUCGCCGAGGAGCUGGGCCAGCUCGCGGCUGAAGAGGAGGCCGAGGCCAGGUGCCCCGCCACGCCCAAGGGCGCCGGGCACCCGCUUGAAGUCAUCCACAAGCAGGGCGGCAAGGGCACCCUCAAGCGCAGCACGUCGUGGACCAACCUGAAGAAGUUCGGGUCUGUGGAGCCGCUGGUCGCCAUGGCGAGCAUAAGUGGUCCUGCUAGCUCGGACGCGGUGCCUCUGGGUCGAGGGAGCAUGUUCAGCCGUACCGACAGCCCACUGACCAAGCCGACCAGGGAAGAUGUGAUGGACGUGGGCCAGGACCUGCCCCAGGAGCUGCGACAGAGGAACCGCGUCAUCAACGAGAUCAUCAACACCGAGAGGGACUACGUACACGACCUCGACGUGAUGGUGUCGGUCUUCGAGACGCCGAUGCUGGAGGAGCACGUCGUCACGAAGGAGGAGAUCAGCACGCUCUUCUCCAACGUGAAGCAGUUGAUCGAGGUGAACAGGAUGCUGCUCGCCGAUAUGGUGAAGCGAGGAGACUACCUGAAGAUGUACGCCAAGUACUGCGCCAACCAUACGGUCGCGGCCGAGCUGGCGCUCAAGCUGGAGAAGGCCCACAGCGCCCGCCUCCGCGCGUUCUUCAGCCGCGCCUACGCGCAGACGAACCGGCUGUCGCUGAGGGACUACCUGAUCAAGCCGGUGCAGCGCAUCUGCAAGUAUCCUCUUCUCCUGAGGGAGUUGAUCAAGUCCACCGAGGCCAGCCAUCCGGACUACGUCAAGCUCACCAACGCGCUGGCAAAGAUCCAGAGCGUGGUCGCGGCGGUCAACGAGCGGAAGGAUCAGGAGGACUGCGUGGAGGCGAUGGCUCAGGUCAUCCGCAAGCUCAGGAACACAGAGAAGUUCGGCGUGCAGCUGAUGGUGCCCGGCCGACAGUACAUCCAGGAGGGCACUCUGCUCGAAGCCUCCAAGGACCGUAACGAGUUCUUCCCGCGGCACUACUUCCUCUUCUCCGACCUGCUUGUCCUGGUUGAGGGGCCUGCCAGCAGCGGCAGCCCGAAGGGGAAGAAGGGAUCGCAGUCGAAGCACUUCGAGGUGUUGGAGAUGCUGCCGCUCUCCGAGGCGCACGUGAAUCUGAGGAUGAAUGGCAUCGACGACGGCAGUAAUUCGAUCGAGAUGGAGAGCUCGAAGGCGACCUACGUGCUCCCGUUCGUCUCCGUCGAGCAGAAGAGGAAGUGGACGCAGAGCCACAUCCUCUCCAUGGAGCGCUCCACGAUUACCCCUUCCAGCCCGCUCCAGCGAAAGCAUUCGAGCUGA